AUGAAUAGAUCCUCUAGAAAACCGAUAGGGUUAUCACUAGAACCAUGUUCGCCGCGUCAAACCUCAAAAGGACUUAGCAAGAAAAAGCACGAUCGUAUUCUCAUGCUUCUGCAAUGGAUACCAGAAGCAUUUCAUGAUUUUUAUAAAAAUAUGCCUGUGCUGGGUCAACAAGGAGAUGAUGACGACGACGACGAUUGUAUACAUAUUCUCCAGAUGUCAUUUGUUGUAAUAAUAAAAUGUAGUCUAUUUCCACCAAUUGUACUGACUGUGUUUCAUCCUAUGCUGCACCUGGAUUUUAUUAUCAUAGUAAAUAGUCGUAACUCACAAAAUAAUCUGAAUAUCAAAUUCUAA